AUGGAAAGCAACAGUCAGGAGAGCGGCUCGCCAAGCUGCACCACCCAAAUGCUAGUUCAAAUGAUGAACCAGAUGUCAGAACAGCUAAACACAAUCCAAAGGGACCAGCAGCAUAUACGCAACGAAAGAGACAACGAUCGCGAAGAAACAAGAGCACAGAUCCAAGCCCUACAAUCCGCAAUUGCAACCCCAAAUCACACAUCCUCAGAGGAUAUCGUCAACCCAGUGCCCCAGAGACUGAGACUAGUACCACCUGUACUCAACACCACUUCCCCGCCUGCCAACUUCCACAGCCCGCAACCGGGUCAGUUACCAACUAAGAAGAAGCCAACCCUUCCUAAUCCCCAACGAUUUGAUGGAACCCGGAAACUGUUCCGUCCCUGGCUCUUGGAAAUGCGAAGCAAGCUCCAUGUAGACGGACCAGCUCUAGGAGGCUCUUUAGACCAAUUUGUCUAUAUUUACUCCCGACUGGACAAGACGCCGCAAGCUAUGGCUGCCGCUUACUUCGAGAAAGGGGGUCUGGACGGGCUAUCCAACCCCGCCGACUUACUCAAAUACCUGUCAACAUGUUAUGCUGACCCCAACAUCGAACAAAGAGCCCUAAGCCGACUCGAAACAAUGCGGCAGGGGCCACGAGAGAACUUCGCAAUCUUCCUACCGAAAUUUGAGAAGGAAUUAGCUGAUAGUGGCGGAGCCAGUUGGGACGACGCUGUAAAGAUUAACUCCCUUAAACGGGUUAUAAGCGGAGAACUCCGUUCGCAUCUCGCAGGACAACUGAGCUUGCCCACAAAGUACCCGGAAUUUGUUAACGCGCUCCAAUCCCUCGGAGCUAAUCUCGACGAACUUCGAUUCUAUAAUCGCAGCAGAGAACAACCAAGUAGUCAAGCUAAGGGCAAGAACCAGGGACCAAAGACUAAAAACCCAUUCCAGACACCUACCGAAGAGGAAGCGCCCCCAGACCCGAUGGAUUGGGAAUCUACAAAAAUCGGGAAGGCAGGAAGCAAGCAGAACCCUGGCAAAACGAAAAGCAAAACAGGUUUCAGUUGUUAUCGUUGUGGUCAACCAGGUCAUGUAGCGCAGUUCUGCGAAGGAAAAAUCCUAGAUACGAAUCGGUCACAAGGUCAGUCGCAGACUAGAGUCGCAAGGGCGAAAGUAGAGAUUCCUAAGGAUGUUAAGCCAAACGACAGUGAAGGAGAAGGCGUAUACGAAACAGCAUCUGAUGGGGAUUCGGAAAACGAAUAG